AUGGAGAACGAUGGAAAUGGCGGAAACGACAAAGACCCUUUACUCCAAUACUUGAUGAGUCCCAGAGUAAACCCACCCCCGCCUCUGUUUCCCUUACCGGAGCACGACGACGUCACGAUUCCGAUGCCAAUGACACCAUCGGAAUUCAAAAACCGACUAAUCUUCGGUCCGUUCCCUCGCUCUCAACGAGACACAUCUCUUCUCAUCGACUCUCUCUCUCAAAACCCUUCGCCGUCAUCCUCCGCCACAACCUCCUUCUCCGAUUCCUCAACCCAAGACCUCCCCUUCCUCACACCUCCGGAACUCAAUUUACCCACCGGAAAACUCAAAUCCGCCCGUCGUGGAUACCACCGGUCCAAAACAGCUCCCGCCAUGGCUGCAAUCAACAAUCUAACUCACCCGCUCGAUGAGAAAACAGAGCGAUCAGAUUCAAAACCGAUCGUAAAGCAAGCCGUUGCUCUGCUUAUCGUGUACCUCACGUUAGGUGUGCUUUUCUUCUACCUGAAUCGACAUAGCUACGUAGCCAAACACACACAUCCCGUUGUUGAUGGUUUAUACUUUUGUAUCGUCACAAUGUGUACAAUCGGUUACGGAGACAUCACUCCGGACAGCACCGUCACGAAGAUGUUUUCGGUUAUGUUUGUGCUCGUUGGGUUCGGUUUCAUUGAUAUAUUGCUUAGCGGGAUGGUUUCUCACGUUCUUGAUCUUCAAGAAAACUAUCUGUUGGAAGCUGCGAGGAACGAUAGCUUUGACGAGCCGGAGAGGAAGAGGUCUUAUAUAAUCGAUGUGAAGAAAGGGAGGAUGAGGAUUAGGUUGAAAGUUGGAUUGGCGUUGGGUGUUGUCUUGUUGUGCGUUGGGUUUGGAGUUUUGAUUAUGCAUUUCAUUGAGGAAAUCGAUUGGUUGGAUUCGUUUUAUUUAUCGGUUAUGUCGGUUACCACGGUCGGGUAUGGAGACCGGGCAGUUAAGACGUUGACCGGUAGGCUUCUUGCUGCGGUGUGGUUGCUCGUGUCUACUUUGGCCGUUGCUCGAGCGUUUCUGUAUUUGGCUGAAGCGAGAGUUGAUAAGAGGAAUAGAGAGAGGGCUAAGAGAGUUCUUGGUGAAAACAUGUCUAUCUCUCAGUUCUUUGCUGCCGAUAUCGACCACAAUGGCUGUGUUAGUAAAGCAGAGUUUGUGGUAUACAAGCUAAAGAAGAUGGAGAAAAUAUUCGAUAAGGACAUUAAUCCGAUUGCUAACCAGUUUGACAAGCUUGAUCGAACCAAUAGUGGAAGGAUUACUCUUUUGGAUCUCUUGGAAACCAGCACCAACGAUUUAACCACUGCAACUUCUGUUUAG